CUGUCAACGUUAAAGCGGGAAGUUUUAGCUGAAACAUUUGUGUUUUUAAAUAAUACAUGUUGAUAUUUGUUUUAUGCAAAACUGCAUAUUGUCCGUCAAUUAAGUUUUUGUGAUGAAACCAGAAGAAAAAGCGUUCUAUUUAAAGCAAAUCACCCAGGUGGUGCGCGCCUUAAUCGUCUCGACCAAGCCACCGGUUAGUUUAGAUGAUAUCGAACGGGAUUACAGAGCUACGGAGGGCGAAGGGUUGCCUUAUCUGCGCUUGGGCUAUAGAACCACACGCGACCUACUGGAAGACACUAAAGCAUUCGUUAUUAAAAGAACUCACAAGGGGUAUAUAAUUAGCGCUCAUUACAAUCGUAAGACCGCACAUAUUGCUUCUAUGGUACUCAAGCAAAAGCCGGGAAAGCCAAAAUUCAAAGCUGCGCGACCUCAAGCUCCUUGCUAUGAUAACAAUUAUUCGCAUAGUCAAGAAAGCAACGAAGAACCAACUUGGAGAGUGUCGAUGUUCCGUCUUCGUUGUGAAAUGGAACAGAAACUCGAGUAUUUAUAUCGCCAGAAUCAGGAACAACAACGACGUGAGAAUAUUAUGUACCAGCAGCAGCAAGAUCUGCUAAGAGAUCUAAGACAGCUAUCAAUGGUAGUGCAGGAACAGCAGCAGAUGUUAGAGGGAAUGUGGCAGCCAGAAAUCAGGCAGCCAUACAAAAAACAACGCUACAUGUAAUAGAAAAGUAGAAA